GCUCAUAGUCUGGCACGGCGCGCCCGCGGAUGAGGACGUCUUCCUCGUCACCUGUCACCCCGCACUUGCCUCGCACCACUGUAGAUACCAUGCUGCUGCACUUAGCGCUGCUGGCGGCGCUCAACGCCGUGCUGGCGGACAAGGGCCGCGGAGGCCCCCACCCCGGGCCGCACGGGCCGCACCCUGGCCUCAGCCCGGCCGGGGGCGUGGGCUCGGCGUCGGCCGCCCUGGGCCGCUGCGAGGAGAUCACCAUGCCGAUGUGCCGCGGCAUCGGCUACAACCUCACGUCCAUGCCCAACGAGUUUAACCACGACACGCAGUGGAAUUUGCUAUGGAUUUUUUCCAUUAAGGUUUUCUGCUUUUCCACUCUGGAAUUAGAAUUUGAAACAGGAAUUCUGACCACAGUUUCUCGAAUGUUACGUCGCAAUGGUAACGUCCAAGUGAAAAAAGAUAAAUUCUCAAUUCUCAGCACCGCUGUAUCUUUUAAACAAGUUGCCCUACGUUACAUUUGA